AUGGCUGUGACAAUGGAGAUUGCAAAAAGACGUGCCUGGAAAGUCCCCACAGCCAAUGUAGAUAAGUUAUUGUCCGCAACGUAUACAGUGCGAGUGGGUUCCACCGAAAGGCAAAGCGGUGGAACUGUGUUCGAAGUAAAAGAAGUCAUCACCCACCCGAAGUACAACCCCGGAGAACACUUUGAUUACGACAUAGCGCUGCUGGAGCUUAACGGGUCCAUCAAGAUUUCCCCGACGUCGCAGCCAGUGGACCUGCCUGAUGAGGGAACGCCUGUGGAAGAGGGGGAGGUUGGAGUCAUCGCGGGUUGGGGCAGUACCGAUGCUGACUUAACGAGGAACUGCCCUCAAGUUGCAUCAAGUUCCGUAACCGUUGUGGGAUACCGAGGCACUGCAACUCCACGUACUGGGGCUAAUGUAACGCCCAGGUGUUCUGCCACUGGAGAGGAGGAAGGAGGCCGCGACGCUUGUUCUGAGCGACUCCGGAGGACCGUUUGUAAUAAACGACAUGCAAAUAGGUAUCGUGUCGUUUGGACUGGAAUGUGGAAGAGC